AUGUUUUUUAAACUUGCAAUACUGGUUUCUUCCUUAGUCAGCUUAACAGGCGCAGAUGAAACUCUUAGUUUUAUCUACAGUGGAUUCAGAUCGGCUAAUCUCAGCCUCCAUGGUAGUGCCAAGUUCACCGGCGAUGGGCUUUUACAGCUUACCAAUGAAACCGAAAGAAUCAAGGGUCAAGCUUUUUACCCUGAUCCAAUUUCCUUCAAGACCUCAACAAAUGGCACGGCUUCCUCUUUUUCUACAACUUUUGUUUUGGGUAUCCAGUCUCAGGUUGAGAUUCUUAAUGGCCAGGGUAUGGCUUUCGUGAUUGCACCAACACUGGGGCUCCCCUUCGGUCUUAGCAGCCGAUACCUCGGCCUUUUCAACGCAAGUAAUAAUGGAAAUGCCAGCAAUCAUGUUUUUGCCAUAGAAUUUGACACUGUGCAGAAUGAAGAUUUUAAUGAUAUCAAUGAUAACCAUGUAGGGAUUGAUGUUAAUGGAUUGAAGUCUGAAAUUUCAUCUCCGGCUGGUUAUUAUGAUGAUCAAACCGGUGACUUUAAGAACCUGACGCUCACUGAUCGUCAAAGAAUUCAAGCUUGGGUGGAAUAUAAUGGUGAGAAGAAGCAAAUUAAUGUUACUUUAGCUCCAUUCGACUCUGGUAAGCCCAGUAAUCCACUUGUGUCUUUGUCAAGGGAUCUUUCAUUAAUUUUUGAAGAAAACAUGUUCGUUGGCUUCUCAUCGUCCACUGGUUCCUUGUUAUCAUCUCAUUAUGUUUUGGGUUGGAGUUUUAAAAUGAAUGGCCAAGCAGAGGAACUUGCACUCUCUCUGCUUCCUAAGCUUCCCCGAAUCGGCCCCAAACCGAAAUCAAAGCUUUUGACAAUUGGGCUCCCGGUAAUUCUUGUAAGCUUGACUCUAGCUGCAGUCUCAGGCGUGGGUUAUGUGAUAAGACGGAAAAGAAAGUUCGCUGAAGUGCUUGAAGAUUGGGAGCUUGAAUAUGGGCCUCAGAGAUUCAAAUACAAAGAUCUUUAUUUUGCCACCAAAGGAUUUAAAGAAACAGAGCUAUUAGGCAGUGGUGGAUUUGGUAGAGUGUACAAAGGUGUACUACCAAAAUCUAAGUUGGAGAUAGCAGUGAAGAGAGUCUCUCAUGAAUCAAGACAAGGGAUGAGAGAAUUUGUUGCUGAAAUUGUCAGUCUUGGUCAUCUCCGUCACCGGAAUUUAGUACAACUCUUGGGUUAUUGCCGGCGUAAAGGAGAGCUGCUUUUGGUGUAUGACUACAUGCCUAAUGGAAGCCUCAACAAGUACCUAUAUGACCAGCCAAAGGUCACUCUGAAUUGGAAACAAAGAUUUCGAAUAAUCAAAGGCGUAGCCUUGGGCCUGUUUUAUCUACACGAAGAAUGGGAAAAAGUUGUAAUUCACAGAGACCUCAAGGCUAGUAAUGUGUUACUUGAUAGUGAAAUGAAUGGAAGAUUGGGAGAUUUUGGGCUUGCAAGAUUAUAUGACCACGGAACUAAACCACAAACAACGCAUGUGGUUGGCACCCCCGGCUAUCUCGCCCCGGAGCACACUCGAACGGGGAAGGCCACAAAAAGCACUGAUGUGUUUGCUUUUGGUGCCUUUUUGCUUGAAGUUGUCUGUGGCAGAAGGCCAAUAGAGCCACAUUCGCCAACAGAGGAGACUGUGGUUUUGAUUGAAUGGGUAUUUGGUUUAUGGAGAAGAAAUGAACUUACUGAGGCAAUGGAUUGGAAAUUGGCAACAGAUUAUGAUGCUGAGGAGGUUGAGUUAGUGUUGAAACUUGGGUUGAUGUGCUCUCAGUCAGUGGCAGCGGCUCGGCCAAGCAUGCGACAAGUCGUGCAGUACUUGGAGAAAGAUGCUCCAUUGCCAGAGUUAUCAGCUCUAGAAAUUUCAGGCAGUGGCCUAGCCUUUGCACAUUCGGCAGGUUUUGAUGACUGCGGAAUCUCGUAUCCAUCUGCAUCCACUUCUGUGACAGCUUCAAUACUUUCAGGUGGCAGAUGACUUCGGAGUCUUGUACCAGUAUUAUUCUGAAUAUCACGUUAUGUUCAAAGAUGCAUGGGUGCUGGUGUAACAUAAAUAAAAAUAUUGUAACAUGCAAUCUCCUUAUUAAAUUUCUAGGUUUCUAGAGAUAAUAUACAUUAUUAAUCCUAAUUUGUAUACUAAUAA